AUGAGAGAACACCAAGAAAGGGUCGAUAAGACACCGGGCUCCCCUAAGUUCUUGUCAAAGAGAGAUGUCGGCCGGUUCGUCGAGCAGCCGUAUAGUGAUGACGCCGCCCCACAUGCCAUACCAAAAACCUUUAAAAAUCCGUUGUACGUCAGGAUAUAUGAUGGUACGACCAACCCUGAAGAUCAUGUGACUCACUACGUCACCGCUAUGAAAGGCAAUGACCUCGCCAAAGAACAAGUAUCUUCCAUUUUGUUGAAAAACUUUGGUGAAGCGCUCACAGGAGGAGCGUUAACAUGGCAUUCACAACUACCUACACUCUCCGGGAGAGGGAUUGAGGAACUUCCUCGCCAGGUUCAACCGAGUAAGGAUGACCCUGCCGAACGUAUCAGAAGGGAUAGUGGUCGCAUCCUUUCAGAUUGGGCGGAUUCGAGGGCGACAAGAAAGUUACUAAGUCGAAUGAUAAAGUACCCUCCAACCACUUUGGACGAAAUACACAACGAAUAUUAUGCCAAGGUCCGAGCAGAUGAGGACAACCUCAAUAGACCAACUCACCGAUUGACUUCGGUACAAGCUGAACCCAGAGAAGACCGAAGAAAUGAUACUAGAAGAGAUCUCGUAGCUCCGCGAUCUAAAAGAAAUAGUCUAUACUUAGAGAAGCUCAAACAAAAGGUAAAGUGGCCACAGAUGAUGAGGUCAGAUUCCAGCACCAGAAAGUCAGACGCCCUCUACGAGUUCCAUCAAGAACGAGGGCACAAAAUCGAAGAUUGCAUUGCCCUAAGGCAGGAGGUCAAAAACAUGUUACGACAAGAAUACCUCAAAGAGUUGCUGAGCAACUGGGAAAGGACCAACUUUCUCAGAGGACGUGAACAAGACCAAGGACCGCUAAAGCCGCCCUCACCAGCUUGUACCAUCCACAUGAUCAUCUGCCGCGGCGACAAUGCUUCCAUCAACAGCGUGAAGUUCACUACUUCCCACAAGCUCAAACGGUCAAUCACUCGCGAACGGUAUGGCAAACUCGAAGAAAGUAUCUUCUUCGAUAAUUCGAAUACAAACGGGUUGGCUUUUCCUCACUAUGAUGCCCUUGUCAUCACUUUACAAAUUUUAGAUAUCGAUGUGAGACGUAUUUGA